CUGAAAAUAUAACGUUUAAUUUUACGAUCGCCCUAGGUAAAGUACUGUACUGUUGGAUGUUUAACAACAAAUUGAAGUCGUCUGAAACUCUCCGUUGAUACGAUAGUUUUCUUAUGUAUAGCAAGCAUCAAAACUAAAAUAUUUAAUACUUCCAUUGUUCAGUAAAACAAUAGAACAAGAAGGAAUCUAACAAUGUUUCCAUGGAGUCUGUUUGGUACUGCAGUGUUGUUAACUUUAACUGUUAUUUCCUUUCUGAUAUUUUCACAAGUGAAAAAGAGGAAAAACAGCAAGAAAUUAGGUGUAAACGUUGCAUCUUCAAUCGAUAAUGAAAAACGUGUUUCGAAUUGUACAACUUCUUCAAAGUGUAGAGGGUCACGACACAACUGCCCACGCAAUGUCCUGGACUCUAUAUUUCCUAGGAAGAUUUCAAGAGAUACAAGACAAAGUGUAUUUGGAAUUGAAGGAAAUUUUCAAAAAUGAUAUGAAUAGAGAUAUUACAAUUAAUGACCUGACCAAAAUGACCUACUUAGAAUGCGUAAUAAAGGAAUCGAUGAGAAUUUAUCCUUCCGCUCCUUUCGUUGGAAGAAUAAAUCCUUCCGAAAUGAAAAUAGAUAAUAACUCGUUGCCUGCGAAUUCGAUUUACAUCGUAUGUAUCAAUUCGAUUCAUCAUAAUCCUUCUGUUUACGAAAAUCCAGAAGUGUUCGAUCCUGAUCGUUUCCUGCCUGAAAACUUCAGAAAACUUCAUCCUUAUGUUUUUCUGCCAUUUUCUGCGGGUCCAUGA